AUGUUUUAUAAAGUAGUAAACAAUGACAAUAGAGAUCAUAUUAUCAAACUUAAUUAUCAAAUAUUCUUUGAACAAAGCAAAUAUUUUUUAUCUCUUUCAAAUUCAACCUUAAAUAUCAAUUCUGCAUAUAUAAAUGAUACAGUUAACAUAAAAUCAUGCAAGAAUAUCACACUUACAAGAGAUAACUUAUCAAAUUAUUUUUUAAAUUUUGAUUCGGAUAUUAUAAAACUUGAUCCAAACAACACAUAUUUAUUUAAAUAUCAGGAUAAUAAACGAAAAUUAUUAGAAUAUCAUCCUUUAAUUAGAUUCAAUCAAAACGAUAUUUCAUUCGUUGAAGGAACAAAUUCAAUAUCAGUAACAGGGACAAUAGAUAAUGGAGCAGGUGAACGUAAUACAAAAGCUUACUAUAUGACAGAAUGUUCAACUAAUGGUGAUCUUGAUAACUAUCAAUACGCCACAAAAUUCUUUGAUGAGACAUUCUCAGGCACUCAUACAUUUUCUGUAGAUAUUCCAGUUAACAAUUACGAUGUUGGAACUCACAAACUUUAUUUUAGAGGUGUUAGAAAUGGAGGAUAUGGAACAAUUUAUGAAUUUAGCUUUACAGUAAUAAAAUUUACAAUAAAUAAAAAAUAUACAACAAAAGUACAAUACAAAUCAGGAAUUGAUGACAAUAUUGAAUUCAAAAUUGAAUUUUCAUUUCAAACAAACAAAGAAUUUUCAUUUUCAUAUGGCAUUGAUUCAUUAAGCACACAAACGACAAUUUCAUUAACAUCAGAUCCACAAGAAAUACGAUAUAUUAUAGCUCUUCCAACCCUUAGUAUUGGAGAGCAUUAUAUUAAAUUUAGAGCCGAAUCAGUAGAAGAUCAGAUUCCAUUUAAAAUCAUUGAAAGUUCAUCACCUGAACUCCAAAUUUUGACUACUACAUCAUCAUCUAAUCCGACCUUAUAUUACAAAGGAAUAACAAAUGAAAUUUCAAUUGAAUAUCAAAUGCGAGAUGAAGAUGGAAAAGGAAGUUUUUCAGUUUAUCAUUCGCUUGAUAACGGUGCAUUUACAAAAAUAGAUGAUUCAUAUAAUAUCAAUGAUGCAUCAUGGUAUCGAAAAUCUUUUAGUAUCUCAAAUUCAUUAAUUUCUCCAUCAGAUGAAACAGUUCAUUCUAUUUCAUUUUAUAUUAAAGAUAACUUAGGAAAACAAUCAACAAAUCAAGUAUUUUAUUUCAAAUACAUGACUAAUCCAAUUAUCAAAUUACAAGAAGAAAUGAAAACAUCACUUACAUAUCAGGUAGAUCAAACAAUUGAUAUCAAACUUAUUUAUCGCGAUGCCAGAGGAAAUGGUCGAUUGACUAUUUACACCAAUAUUUAUGACAUUAAUAAUAACAAUAAUAUUGUUUCACAAAAUAAUUUACCAAUUGAUAUUGAUUCAUCCACUGAAAAAUCAACAACAAUCGCAGUUAAUAUUAAUAGAUUAACAUAUGAAAAACAAUAUAAAAUUGAAAUCAAAGGAAUUAAUUCAAAUUCUGAAGAAACAAAUUAUAUCAUUCAUCAAUUUAUUAUUCAUCUUUCAUCUCCAGUUUUAACAAUCACAACAACACCACUUUUAUCAUACACUAAAACCAAAGACCAAUUUAUAUCUAUUUCAGGCAAUGUCAAAGAUAGUAAUCUUGGUGAAAUAAGAUUACAAUACAAAUAUGAUAAUAAUAAUGAAUUUCAAGAAUUUCAUUUAUUAAACAUCGGAAGUGUUACCGAAACUAAAUCAUUUACAGAAAACGUUCCUAUUGAUCAAACACUUUCCGAAGGUUCACAUUCAUUAACAAUCAGAGCCAUUGAUUCAUACAAUAAAUACCAUGAACUUUCAUCAUAUCAAUUCACGUUCAAUUACAAUACACCGGAACUUGAAAUCAUUGACAAUUAUGAUACAUACAAUCCACCAAUAUACAUUCGCGGGAUCAACGAUAGUUUAAACAUCAAUAUGAAAGUCACUGAUUAUAACAAAGUUGAUUCAUUGAAGGUAUAUUAUUCAAUUGUAGAUGUUAGUAAUGAGAAUUCAUUUUAUUGUCAAAUGAAUGGAGAAAUAAGCAAAACAUUUUAUUUACCAUACGAAAUUCCAAAACAAUUACAGGAGAAUAUAUAUAUCUUCUUCAGAUUCAUGCAAAAGAAAUAA